AUGCCUUCUGAAGGAAAAGGAAAAGGACCCCCAGUCUGUGACUCAUUCGAGGAGGUGCAAAGGCUCAAACAGCAGAUUCUAGACACCAAGUCUUGCCUCAAGAACAAAACCAAAGAGAAUGUGGACGUGCCUCUGGUCAUUUGCGGUAACAAAGGGGACCGGGACUUCUACCGAGAAGUGGAGCAGCGCGAGAUUGAACAGCUGGUAGGCGACGACCCUCAGCGUUGUGCCUAUUUCGAGAUCUCAGCCAAGAAGAACAGCAGCCUGGACCAGAUGUUCCGUGCGCUCUUUGCUAUGGCCAAGCUGCCGAGCGAGAUGAGCCCCGACUUGCACCGCAAAGUGUCUGUGCAGUACUGUGACGUGCUGCACAAAAAGGCUCUGAGGAACAAGAAGCUUCUGCGUGCGGGCAGCGGCGGCGGCGGCGACCCCGGAGACGCCUUUGGAAUCUUGGCGCCCUUUGCGCGCAGACCCAGCGUGCACAGCGACCUCAUGUACAUUCGUGAAAAGACCAGUGUCGGCAGUCAGGCCAAAGACAAGGAGCGCUGUGUCAUCAGUUAGGAGCCCCCAGCGUCGGCCACACAACCUGAGGACCUUUUUUGUUUAAAAGUCAAAUCGGAUUCCUGGGCUAGCCUGCGCUCUCCGUGCCACGAGGCCUCCGUGCCAAUUGGCCUCCUCCCUCGCUUCUUGCGACCCAGCCCUGAGCACAGGGAGACCAUUAAGGGACAGUCAUCUGUUGUGAAAGGAAAGAGAACUGGCUAAGACUGGACUCUCUCGACACUGAUACCCCCCGCUGGUGCCUGCCCUCACUUUUGGGAUGCCAGGGCCCAGCAGAGAAGUACUUUGCGUUUUUUCUCAAAGACCUGAGAACGAGUGUGUGUAAAGUUCGUCAGCCUGUGAGACUUCAAGUAACUAAUUGUCCUGCCUGCUGGAGGGCCAGGACCAACAAGGCAUUAUCUUGUCUGUGAUUGGUGUUGCCAUGACAGCUGCCAGCCACUUCAGUCCUCUGCAAACUGGAAACUUUGGCGAGAGGUGGGGGGGUUCAAUCAUAGGCAAGAGACUUGUUUACAUGUAUGUGUGUGGAAUUGCUCAAAAGAAAAAAACCAUAAAACUUGCACUUUAAUUUAGUUCCAGUGUCAACAUGACAUGAACAAAGUAUUGUGUGAGGUCUUUAUUAUUUUUUUAUUUAAAAUAAAAUAAUUAAAAAAUGAAA